CUGGGUUUGGAAGGACUUCCAGGACUCAAGAAUGAAGCUCCUUUUUGUGGCUGCCUUUGCACUUCUUGUGCUCUCUGCAUUUGAUUCUGCUGACUCCUCAGCUUAUGAUAAAAUACUUAGCCACAGUCGCAUUCGCGCAAAAAAGGAAGGACCCAAUGUCUGUGCCCUCCAGCAAGUCAUGGGGACAAAGAAGAAAUACUUUAGCACUUGUCGUAAUUGGUACCAUGGGACGAUCUGUGGGAAAAAAGCGACUGUGCUUUAUGAAUGCUGCCCAGGGUAUAUGAAGAUGGAAGGCAUACGUGGUUGCCCUGCAGUUGCUCCGAUUGACCAUGUGUAUGGGAGCCUGGGUCUAGUGAUGGCCACUUCAACCCAAAACUAUGCUGACAUUUCUAAACUAAGACCUGAGAUCGAGGGACCAGGAUCUUUCACUUUCUUUGCUCCUAGCAAUGAGGCCUGGGAGGCAUUGGAUGAGUCGGUAAGAUCUGCACUGGUCAGCAACGUCAACAUUGAACUGUACAAUGCUCUUCAUUUUCACAUGGUCAACAAACGCCUCUUGACCAAAGAUUUAAGGAAUGGGCUCACACUUACUUCUAUGUCCAAUGACCUUGGUCUCUAUAUUAACCAUUAUCCCAAUGGGGUGGUGACUGUGAACUGUGCAAGGAUUAUCUAUGGCAACCAGGUUGCCACCAAUGGAGUUGUGCAUGUCAUUGACCGUGUCAUCAGCAGUGUUGGAAACACCAUCCAGGAAUUCAUUGAAGUCAGUGAUGACUUGACAACACUGAGUGACAUGGUUAAAAAUGCUGGAUUGCUUGAGAAAUUGGGUACGCCAGGACACUACACUCUCUUUGCCCCCACCAAUGAUGCCUUUGAUAAGCUUGGCAGUGACACAAUGGAAAGACUUCUAAGUGACAAGGAAGUACUUAAAGCUCUUUUGACUUUCCACCUCCUGGACUCUGUCCAGUGCUCUGAGGCCAUCUUGGCUGGAACUUCUUAUGAGACCCUGGAGGGACACAACAUUGAAAUUGGCUGUGAUGGUGAAAGCCUGACAGUCAAUGGCAUCAAAAUGGUGCUUAAGAAGGACAUCGUCACUACAAAUGGAGUCAUUCAUUUGAUUGACCAAGUACUUGUUCCAGACUCAGCUAAGCAGGUAAUGGAGCUGUUGGGAGAUUCACAGUCCACCUUUGGUGACAUGGUGGCUGAGCUUGGUCUUUCUUCUGAAAUGUCAGCCAGUGGAGAGUACACUUUGCUUGGUCUUCAAAAUGUUGCUUUUACUGAUGAAGUAAUGUCAUUGGAUCAAAGGGACCUCAAACUUAUCCUGGAAAACCACAUCAUAAAGAAUAAGUUUGGCCUUGGACAUCUAUACAAUGGUCAAACACUGGAGACUCUUGGAGGAAAAACUCUGAGGGUCUUCAUAUACCGCUCAGCUGUAUGCAUUGAGAAUUCCUGUAUGAUCAGAGGCAGUAAAGAAGGAAGCAACGGGGCCCUUCAUCUCAUGACGGCAAUGUUGAAACCAGCAACAAAAUCCAUGUUUGAGAUCCUAAGAGAACAUGGACAUUUCAAGAUCUUUUUAUCUCUAAUGGAAGUUGCUGGGCUGACAGAGCUGCUCAAAACAGAUGGAGGAUUUACUCUCUUUGCCCCAAGUGACGAAGCAUUUGCUGGUUUGAGUGACAGAGAUUUAAAAUUGUUGAAGAGUGACGCUAAUGCUCUCAGACACAUACUUUUGUAUCACUUCAGCAAUGGUAUUGUCAUCGGUGAGGGACUGGAGUCUGGAGUGACAAAUCUUCUCAAAUCCCUUCAGGGCAGCAAUAUCAAAGUGAAAUCUGGAAAAGACAGUGUGCAGGUGAACACCGUUAAGAUCUUGGAAUCUGAUACCAUGGCCACAAAUGGUGUCAUUCACUUUGUCAAACAGCUUUUGCUCACUGAAGAAAUUCCUAUUGGAAACCAGGAACUCUUUACGUUACUGAAGAGACUCAUUACUUAUUUGCAAAUUAAGUACAUUCCAGGGUUCAGAUAUCAGGAAAUACCCCUCACCUUUUUGACUUCUGGAAUAACUAAAGUGACAAGAGUUAUAGAAGGGAAACCCUCCGUUACCAAAGUCACCAGAGUGAUUGAAAGCAAGCCUUCAGUCACCAAGGUUACCAGAGUCAUUGAAGGUGAACCUUCGAUCACCAAGGUCACAAGGGUUAUUGAAGGCGAACCCACCUUCACCAAGGUCACCAGGGUUGUUUCAGGCCCUCAGUACUCGGUCAGCACCGGUACCACAAACAUCGCCCUGGAAGGAACUGAUCUUUCAAAAUUUACUACCAUUGAAGGGGAUGCUAAUCUUGACAUUGAUCAACUUACCAGAGUGAUCCAAAAUGCUAACAGGAGGCGGGGAAGAAACUGAGGGUGAACGGAUGAUAACGUCUUCCUUGAAAAGCUGGAGACAGACUAAAAGUCUGAAAAUGACGUCACACAGAAAAGUGUCACACUAAAGUGUCAGUUCCGAAACAACAUGACUACAGCUGACAAAACAUGUGGUAAACAUAAAUGUUAUGGUGCUUUUAAUGUAUAUAUCUUGAACCUUUAAAUUCUGUUUAUGUCAGAAAGUUAAUGGAUAUUUUUGAUGAAUCUGAUAAUGUGGAAAGUUAGGGAAAGGAAUUAUCAAGUCACUUGACUAAUCUUAAAAACAUUUCCUUUAGUUUUAUUGUGGCUUUGAUGAAGGUAAAUGCUGAGGAAAUUUACAAGUUGUUUGGAAAGGUUUUUUUUAACAUUAAUGAAUAAAGA